AUGGCAGGCCAUGAGGACUUGCCGUUGCCGCGACACAAGGCGAUCCUGAAGGGCCUCGAGACAUUGAGCGAGGCGCAGCUGCAAAAUCCCAUCCUGUCUCGGGUGUGUAAUGCCAAGAUGCUACCGGAGCGUUUGCGGGACCGCUGGCAAUCGAUGGGUUUCCAAGACCACGCGCCCAGCGAUGCCCCUGCUGAGUCAGCGGAGGCCAGACGGAGGCAAAGGGUGGAAAUGAUGCGCCAGAGACAGCAGGCGAUGAUGCAACGAAUGCAAAAGAAGCAGAAAGAAGCUGUUGAGAGCCUGUCCCUGGAAGGCGAAUCCUACGACGAUGGAUCCUGCGAGGAUGCAGAAGCUUUGCAGUGUGCCACUUGUCGCGAGGCGGCGAGUGCGAGCAAUCCUUUAGCCAUGUUGGCUGCAGUGGGCGACUUUCAAGGGAGAUCCAGUCAUCUAGGUGGUCAGCCAGGCUUUCGCCGCUACACCUCCUGCCGGCAUGUGAUUCACAUCACCUGCGGCCAACAGCAUGUCGUCGAUGCCCACAACCAGGCCGCACAGCGCCUCCGACGGGUCUCCUUGUUCGAUGUGGACCGGGGAGAGUUCGGAUGUCCCAUGUGUCGUUCAGUGGCCAACGCUUUAGUCCUCUACGUCCCCAACGAGGAGUUUCUCGAGUCGCCAUCCUCUUGGGACGAGGCUGCUACAGCUAGAGUGGUACGGAGAGAGCAUGCCAUCGAUGUGCCGAAGCUGUGCGAAUUGUCCGGUUUGGGGAAGGAGGUCGAUCCACUGGAAGGCUCCUUGACCCUUCUGCGGGCGGCCGCCGCGGAGCUCGCGACGUCGGCGCAGUUGGCGCCACAGGCGCUGGCCGAUGAGGGCCCGCCGCUGCCGCUGUUUGUCAUGUUGUUCCGGAACGCUGCGCUCCUCAGGCAUAGUGCUGCACACACACAAGCGAUCAAUCAGGAGGAGAAUUGGCAGAAGCAGGUCCUGGAGCGGAUCGCAUGCCCACGGCAGCCGUGGCUCGCAGAUCUCCGGUGUGCCUUGGCCGACCUCCUCCUCGACAGCCUGAAGGAGGGGCUGACUGCAAAAUUCUUCUCAGAGUUGGUGAUGUUUCUUUUCAAGGUGAGGGCCUCCCAAGCCAAAGGCGCUGCAGGCCACUCGCAGGAGGACUUUGCUUUGGAGCAUUCCAUGGAGUUCCUCAUUUUCGCAGCGUGGCUUGGUACUGCACUUUGGCAGUUCUCGCCACAGGAGCGGAACAGGCUGGCAUAUUUGGAGACUGAGAGUUCCUCCUUGACCUCUUUGAUGUCGCUCCUGAGGCUUCCAGAGAUGGUCGAACCCGUGCUGGAGCGGCCAGCACUCCAGGCCUUGUUCCAGGGAGAGCUGGCGGAUGCCAGCAUCGAGUCCUUCAUUCAACUGCCCGAGUCCUUCCUUGACAUCCUCAAGGACAUCCGGAAGAGGCCGUGCAGUGCCUGCCAGCAGCAACCCGAAGAGCCGGCGCUGUGCUUGCUUUGUGGGGCUGUCGUUUGCGUGGGCAAUGAGGCAUGUCGAAGCGAGGAUGAGGGGCAGUGUACUCUGCAUGCUCGUGCAUGCACGGCUGGGCAGUCCCUCUUCCUGCUGCCGUUCUUAGCGCAAAUCUUGGCGGUGAGCGCGCCUGAUUGGUCACGAAGAGGUCGGGCGGCGCAGGACAUGGCGGUGAGCGUUGCCGUGCAGUUGAUGAGCGGCAAGGAGUGCGUCGUGGACAUCACACCGCACAUGACCGUCGGAGAGGUGAAAGAGCUCGUGAAGGUGUGGCUGCCUUGCGAAGAUGAGUUAGCCCGAGAGUUGAGUACUGUACAGCUCCUGCUGGACGGCAAGAAGUUGGAGGAUGAUGACGCGUAUGCGCUUGACACUGGACUCACUCUGACUGCAAAAUUCCAGGCCAUCUUUGCACCAUCGCGACCUCAAGAGUGUAUGAGUCGUGCAACAGUUCGUGAUCCUGAGAGGCUGAUCGAUGUUCGCCUGCCCGAGAUCAACUCGACCUACAGCAUCCCACCCCGUGCUUUUCACGAGUGCAGGGCCUUGAGACGUGUGGCCAUCCCCGUGUCCGUGACCGGAGUUGGAGACGAUGCCUUUGCACAAUGUCGCUCUUUGGUGAGUUUGGCCAUUCCCAACUCUGUGACAUGGAUUGGAUUUGCCGCUUUUAAAGGAUGUCGGUCUUUAAGACAUUUGGUGAUUCCUGACUCUGUGUCCAUGAUUGGAGAUGGAGCUUUUGCCCAAUGCAGCUCCUUGACCAGCUGUACUGUGUCCAAGUCCAUAACACGAAUUCGAAACGAUACCUUUGCUGAGUGUACGUCUUUGGGAAGUAUGACCAUCCCGGACUCUGUGUUUGAGAUUGGGAAUUAUGCCUUCCAGGGGUGCAGCUCCUUGACAAGCUUGACCAUUCCCAAUUCUGUAACUUUGAUUGGACAGGGGGCAUUUGCAGGCUGCUCGCUGAGAAACUUGAGCAUCCCCAGAUCAGUGAUUCAUAUUGGGCCCAUGGCCUUUGCAGGCGUCUCUGACACCUGCGAGGUCUCUGUUGGAGGGGUUUUCUCCUCGUGA